AUGGCUCGAUCCGAAGCUAGGCAGCAAGCGACCUACCCGCGGGCGGCAUCUUCGCUGGCCCAGUACUUUGCUCAGAAGGAGGAAAUGCUCGACGCUAAGAUCAAGCGCCUUCGAGAGGAGUAUCUGGCUCUUCAUGUAAAAUGGGUACAGCAAUGUUCGAAGCUGGAGACUGCGCCGAAGAUUGUUGCACCCCCACCCGAAGAGUUACCAGCAGCUCCGACCGGUAGGACGACCCGACGCUCAGCUGCGACUCUCGGAGAUGCCGUUCGUUCAGAUUUGGAGUUGGAGCAGAUCAUCUCCACCUUGGGCAACGAGGACAUGCUUGAUCCGAGCAUAUUGUGCCUUCGCAACGUCGCGAAAAUUCCCGACAUGAUAUCAGCGACUCAUGGACAAGUUGAGGCUUCAUUCGACGAUACUAACAAUCUUGUGGAUAAUCCCGGCGACUUUUACGCUCCUCGAAGCGGCUUCGAGGACUGGACGGACGAGGAGAAGGAGAUCUUCAACGAGAAGUAUGCGGCUCAUCCGAAGCAAUUCGGUAUCAUU